UACGUCAAAGACGGGUUGCUAUGAAACGCUUGCUAAAAAUGUAAACAAUAAAACAACAAGUGUUUGUGAGGUGCAAUAGAAUAUUAUAAAGCAAAGCAUAAUGAAUGAAUUGAGUGCAAGUGUCCCUGAACCUAAGAAAGUGGGUGUCUGGGCUGAAGGAACUCACAUUGAGGCGAAAGAAUUCGUGAUACCCAAGAAAUCACCCGACUCUAGCGAUGAUAUACCGACGAUACCCGACCUCGAUGAUCUGCAAGACAUACUGGAGAAAGAAAUAUCUAUGCCACCUGUAUCUGAUCACAAAGAUACUGAAACUGUGAAUGCUCUGUCAGAAGUUGGAGGUGGCUUAUCAGGCACGGCGGACAGCAUUGAGGCUGUACUAGAAGUACUCAACUCUUACAUUCCUCACGAGGAGAUGGAUUCCGCAGAUACUGUGUGGACAGUGGACUCCUUGCUCCAAGAACUAGCUGAAGAAAGCCAGGAAUAGGAGUACCAUGUUAGGGAAAAUUCAAAUCUGUAAAUUUAACAGUUUAUUUUUUAUGAGCUCAAAACACAGUCAUUUUGUAUUAGAACAAGCAUUUAGCAUGAGUAGUUAUACCCACCUAUAAAUUGAUUACUGAAAAUUUUAAAAAUUAAUUCAGUUAUAGUCUGUUGUAUUAAUAUAAGAAUAAGGAUGUGUGGAAAAAGUAUUUAGCUAAAUAAUAAGGAAGAAACAAGUUUUGUCAUAAUUUUAUUUGUAAAAAACUUUUUAUUUUUUUUUACUAUUAAAUACUGUGCUAUAACAGUUAGUUAUUAUAACAAAUUAUCCGUCCAAUUUAUUAGUACGCUAAGGAAUGAUUGUUCUCACUUAUUAAUAGAAAAAUAAAUAAUUGUAAUUUGAAA